GUCUGCAAAGCUUGCGACCGGUGUCGACUAAAGAAAUCGAAGUGCGAUGGUGCCAGUCCCUGCAGCAGAUGUAAAGCAGACAAUGCUAUUUGCGUUUUCGGAGAACGAAAGAAGUCACAGGACAAGGUUUACCCUAAAGGGUAGGCUCUUCCUUGCUGUUGUGGUGGUCCAGUUUACUAAACUAAACGAAUAGAUACGUGGAGAUGCUCGAGCAACAACAAGCACAGCUCGUGGCUGGUCUGCGGGAGUUGUAUAGCCGACUACAAAGUGGGCAGGGCUGGCCAGGUCAACCUCUCCGUGAGGCCCAAGGCGGACACCCUCUUACCCACGACAUACUGGAACGACUCGACUUGCUCCAUUCUUCGAGCGAUAGCAACAGCAACUACGAAGGGUUCGAAGAGGACUGUGGUCGCAUGCAACAGAAGCUCCUUGAGCAAGGCGCUCCGUACACACACAGGCGAGGAUCUGUUAGCUCCGAUUCUGAGCAUGGACAUUCAUCCUCAUCAUCAUAUGGAGGCACACCCACAACGAAGACCCUAUCCUUCAACGAGCACUUCUCACGCAACAAUGCUCCUCCAACACCACCUAUGAACAGUCCGUUCCCUAGGCAAUCACAAAUAACACCCCAAAUCAAACAAGAAACACCACUGGUUUCGUCAGCGUUCAUGAACACAGGAGCCCUAGACCCAUCAGCUCUCACUCGUUCAGCAUGGACAGCAGAAGCAAUGAUUAUGGAUGAACCCAUGGAUUUUGGCAACAAGUCCAUGUACACCUUCGACACGUUUAACAAUUUCGAUACAAGCUCAAUGAUUCUCGAUCCAUGCGUGAUCAACCCUGCAGGGCCUAUGAUGUCCGACUGGAACGAUGCCAAUGAUCUGGAUUUCAGCAAUUUCAUAAAUAAUCCAGUCGGCGCAUAAUUGGAUUAUUCUCCCUUUUCCUAGAAUUGUCGUUGGUUGGUACAGUGUCUAGCGUUCAAGCGUCUUGGGACAGGUCCACUUCAUGACCCGGAUCCGGUUUUGGACCAGGCGUUAUCGGGCAUUUCGGAAUUUGCGAUUAUUUAGCAUAAGCUUGAGUGAUUUUGGAAAGGCAUCGUGGUACCCAAGAGUCGAGGCUUCACAAUGACGUUCAUAGUUGAACGGCGUAUUGAACGGGUUGCGUCCGAGGAGUGCCACAAGACAGAGGCGUAGCGG